GACGUGCUUGUAUUUCCACUCUGGCUGUCUUGACGCUUGCUCCUUUAUUUAUUUAUUUAUUUUUUUCUUCCCAAUAUUAAACCUUGUGGGAGGGAUCCUUUUUCUGAGUGCUGUCGCACAACUACGGUAGACUACAGGCUGUACUUUCCGACUUGCGCUGUUUGAGUUGAGCAGCAGCAGCAGGAGGCGGCGGCGGUGGAGGCUCCACACACACACACACACACACGAGGAGACUCAAAAAUAGCUUCCCAAAGGCGAUUAGGUAUGACGGAUACUAACGGCGAGGCUCCGCGGGGCUCUACGUAAAAGAAAGAAGAUGAGGAUUCCUCCGUCAAGCUCUGGAGGUGAAGAGGUGUGGGCGCUGGGCGCUUGCCAGACUGGGUGAAGUGAGAACCAAGAGGGAAACCCGCUGAGAAAAAUCACCGCCUGGGACUGCUGAGGAGGACCUCUGUGCAGGUUCACACGGCUGUCGGCAGGGUGGAGCUUCCUGACCCAUGGAGAAUUACUUCCAGGCCGAGGCCUUCAACCUGGACAAGGUGCUGGACGAGUUCGAGCAGAACGAAGAUGAGACAGACAAUCCCAUUCUCUCAGAUGCCAAGUGGACCCAGAUCCUGGCCCCGCCAGCCCACCUCCUCUCUCUGAACCCCGCCCUGGCCCACGCAGACCUCAGCCCCCGGGAGAGUCCGCUGCCCUUCAAGACCCUCCCCGAUUCCUCCUCCAGCGCCUCCCCGGGGGCCGACCCUAAAAGACAUCCCGGUUCUGAAGCUCCAUCCUGGGUAGAGGAGAGGCCGGCAGACGUCCACAGCCCACCCCUCCCGCAGCCCAACAUCGGCAAACUGGUGGGCACAGACGACCUCUCGCCGCCCCCCGUGACGGCCUGUAGUGCUGUGGAGAACGGCUGCCCGGCCAGCCCCGCAAGCCCACAACAACUAGAUGGGCUCGGCAAGGAGAUAAGUUCCCCUGCGGAUAAACAUCCUUGUGCUUCUGACCAGGAGGAUAAACCUCAUCAAGAGGAGAGAGCCGCCUCGGAAGGUGGAGGAGGCUCUGCCGUCAGUCACACUCACUUUACCUUUGAGGUUGGAUUAGGACAGGAAGAAACUCUGUCCCCGAAAAUUCAUCCAAAUGUGGAACCGACAGCACAAAAUGGGGAAGGUGUCAAGGAGGAGGUCAUUACAGUGGAUUUACAGGACAAUGGUGAAGAAAAAGAAGGUGCAAACUUGAAGGAGCAGAUAGAAAGUCCUCUGAAUAGGGGGAGAGAUGUUCAAGCUGGCUGUGUGGUGGAGGAGAAUGGUGUAUCUCCUCCUGACAGGGUCGGAGAGGAGGAGAAGGAGAGGAGAUGUGGUCCAGAGGGACAGAUAGACCAAUUACUCAGAAUAACAAGCCUUCCUAAUGGUUUGGAGCAGGAGAGCAGUAGCCAUUCCAAGCUUAAGCUGACAGAAGAGGAGGAGGAUGAGGAUAUUUCUCCCUCUCCUGUCCCCUCCAAAGAGGACUCCGUCACUGAGGAGAAAGAAAUGGAGGAAAGCAAGCAGGAGAACGGCGAUGGAGGAGCAGGUAGCAUCCAACCAAAACUCAACAACAAUCGGCUGCAGCCGGUCAGCGUUCCCUACGGAGGGGCACGGCCAAAGCAGCCGGUCAGCCUCAAGCUCCAGAUCCCACAGCCGCUCUCAGGCCAGGUCCAGAAUCAGCUCGUCCCAGCCGCCGUCAGCAAGAACAAAAACCAGGAGAGCCAGAGUCGGAGAGGCACGCCCUCCGAAACUACACCCAUCGGGACUGAUCAGAGUGCAGUCGGGGUGAACGGAGAUGGCGGCGUCCACUCUCCUCUCCUGAUGCCCUCCGAGAGCCCAGACAACGACCUCCAGGCAGGGCAACAGGGCGCUCUGUGCAGGAAGCCUGUCAGCUCCCUGGGAGAGGUCGCCCCUGUGUGGGUGCCCGACUCCCAGGCUCCCAUCUGUAUGAAAUGUGAUGUCAAGUUCACCUUCACCAAGAGGAGGCACCACUGCAGGGCCUGCGGCAAGGUGUUCUGUGCGACGUGCUGCAGCCUGAAGUGCCGCCUCGUGUACAUGGACAGGAAGGAGGCUCGCGUCUGUAUCACCUGUCAUUCUGCUCUGACGACCGCUCAAUCAUGGGAGACGCCGCCGACUGCAAGCAACCAGAGUCCGAACCCCAACAACCCAGCGGAGUACUGCUCCACUAUCCCCCCUCUGCACCAGGCCCAGGCCUCUGGGGUGCUCAGCUCCCCUCCUCCGACCGUCAUGGUGCCCGUGGGAGUCCUGAAACAGCCUGGCAACGAGGGGUCACUGACACGGGAGCAGAGGAGGGUUUGGUUUGCUGACGGCGUCUUACCGAAUGGCGACGCGGCAGCAGAGUCCCCCAAACCUCCGGCCUCCAGCCCAGCCCCCUCGCAGUCACUGGCCAUCUCCACGUAUUCCAACAAAUCCUCCACUUCUGAAUCCUCAGAGGCAGCUCAUACCCCUGUCGCCCCGGUGGGCAGCCCCGUGGGCAGCUCCCUCAGCCUGAUCCCGGAGGACGGGCUCCCUCCCAUCCUCAUCUCCACCGGAGUCAAAGGAGGUACGGGAGGCCACAUCACAGACUAUGCAGUGGAGGAGAGGCCGUCGGAGAUCGUCCUCAUGCAGCAGCUGGAGGAGGGAGGCCCGGAUCCGCUGGUCUUCGUGCUCAAUGCUAACCUGCUCGCCAUGGUCAAGCUUGUCAACUAUGUAAACAGGAAGUGUUGGUACGUGACGACGAAGGGCAUGCAUGCCGUUGGUCAGGCAGAGGUGGUCAUUCUGCUCCAGUGUCUGCCCGACGAGAAGACCGUCCCUAAAGACAUCUUCACGCACUUUGUGCAGCUCUACCAAGAGGCCCUCAGUGGCAACGUGCUGAGCCACCUGAGUCACUCGUUCUUCACGCAGAGCUUCCUGGGCAGUAAGGAGCACGGCGGCUUCCUCUACAUCAGCCCCUCCUUCCAGUCGCUGCAGGACCUGCUGCUGCCCAACCCGCCCUACCUCUUUGGCAUCCUGAUACAGAAGUGGGAAACGCCCUGGGCCAAGGUCUUCCCCAUCCGCCUCAUGCUGCGGCUGGGCGCAGAGUACCGAUUUUAUCCGUGUCCGCUGUUCAGUGUUCGCUUCAGAAAACCCCUCUUCGGAGAGACCGGUCACACAAUCAUGAAUCUGCUCGCAGACUUCCGUAACUACCAGUACACGCUACCGGUGGUAAAAGGUCUGGUUGUGGACAUGGAGGUGAGGAAGACGAGCAUCAAGAUCCCCAGUAAUCGCUACAAUGAGCUGAUGAAGGCCAUGAACAAGUCCAAUGAACACGUGCUGGCCAUGGGGGCGUGUUUCAACGACCGGGCCGACUCCCAUCUGGUGUGUGUCCAAAACGAUGACGGGAACUACCAGACGCAGGCCAUCAGCAUCCAUCACCAGCCUCGCAAAGUUACUGGAGCCUGCUUCUUUGUGUUCAGCGGUGCUUUGAAAGCCUCGUCGGGAUUCUUAGCCAAGACCAGCAUUGUGGAAGACGGCGUGAUGAUCCAGAUCACAGCUGAGACCAUGGACUCUCUACGGCAAGCCCUGAGGGACAUGAAGGACUUCACCAUCACGUGCGGUAAAGCCGACCAGGAGGAGAACCAGGAGCUCGUCCACAUCCAGUGGACGGAGGACGACCACAACUUCAACAAGGGCGUGAUCAGUCCCAUCGAUGGGAAGUCCAUGGAGUCCAUCACCAGCGUCAAGAUCUUCCACGGCUCGGAGUUCAAAGCCAACGGCAAAGUCAUCCGCUGGACAGAGGUGUUUUUCCUCCAGAGUGAAGAUCAACCCAACGGUCUGAGCGACCCCGCCGACCACAGCCGUCUGACUGAGAACGUGGCGAGGGCUUUCUGCAUGGCUCUUUGUCCGCACCUGAAGCUGCUGAAGGAGGACGGCAUGGCCAAACUCGGGCUGAGGGUCACACUGGACUCCGACCAGGUGGGUUACCUGGCAGGAAGUAACGGCCAGCCUCUCCUGCCUCAGUACCUGAGCGACCUGGACAGCGCUCUGAUCCCCGUCAUCCACAGCGGGGCUUGUCAGCUGAGCGAAGGUCCGGUGGUCAUGGAGCUGGUCUUCUACAUCCUGGAGAUCAUCUCCUAGGAGUCUUUUGGAGCUUCACCUUUUUUCUUUGUUUUGUUUUUUGACCUCCUGACGUCAUCUCACAGCCUGGUCCUCCCUCCCCGUCGCCUCCUUUCAAACCGUUUUUUGCACUUCGAAAGAGCCCGAAAAACUGUGCCGUGCCAGACGGGGUAGCAUUCCUCAAGUCAAAACCUAUGCAUCCAACCACCGUCUGUUCUGCUCCAGAGGCUGGAGGAAGCUCCGAGGAGGAUCGUCUGUUACUGAACCUCACCGGACAGGUUACAGCGUCUAUAACGAGUAUUAACCCCCCUUCAGUUCUCAUGUUUUAUUCUUUUACAACACUGAAUGAAGGAGACUUGAAUUAAAUAUUCAUACUAACUAAUUGUCCUCUUUAACAGGACGCACCUAAAUCAUCACUGCUUUUUAGAGAUCCCUCGACAAUAUAAAGAGGAUAUCAUCAACGUGACGACGCCUGAAUGCCUUAAUUUACCUACGAUUCAUGGCAAACACAGCAUUAGUCCGACUUAGAGUAAACAUGGUCAAGAACUCAUUCAGAUCAGCGGUCCAACCCAAAACUCACGCAGCACCCAGAUUAAAGGCGGCAAAAGAUGUCAGCUCUGUCAAUUAGUUUUGUAUUUUGAAUGAAUUCCGAUCAUUUCAUAGACAUAAAGUCUCUUCUCUGUUGAUUCAGUGCUGUAAAACAACACGAGGAGGAGGUGAAUAUUGUUCACAGACGCUGACCGAAGCUCCUCGGGUUCCUCUCCGCCCGUCACUCCCAGUGUCACUGUGGCAGCCUGAAGCUCUGAACUCUGAGUAAUAUCUGCAAAGGCUUCUUGUGUAGCACGGAUGCUCUUUAUAAAACAAGGGAGACUCAUAUCCACCGCUGAAAGAAAAAAAAAACAAAGUCUGGACUCUUCCUCUUAAGUUAAAAAGGAAAAGCUACAAAUCAUCAGCCGAGGAGCUGGAGGGCGCGUCUGUGUGGUGAUUUUUGUUUUGCACCGUGGUGCUCAGUGCCUGAAGCAGCGAUUCAUCAAGCGAUAAUAAUAAGAAAACAAACAUUUCAGCUUCACCUCUUAAGCUUUACUCAUCGAUCACCAGAUGCUUUACUUCAUGGACGAACACAGCGACCUGUUGUACAUAUUUUUGUAGGCGUGACGACCUCUCCUCCAUUAAACAACUCUGCAUCUGUAGCCUCCAGAGAUCCCGGUUUAAAGACAGUGUUACUGAAGCGACCGUCGUGGACUUCGUCUGCCUGACGCUCUGUGAAAUAAGAUCACGUGUUUAAACUCUGAAAGCCCUUUUUUGUCCUACGACAGAAAAGGGAAAAAAAAAGGUUCCAACGCUUUAUUAAUAAACUCCAACAAUCUGUACAUAAAGCUGAAAAAGCAGAAGAGGAAAAAAAACAAACAAACAAAUCAGUUUUUAAAUCUCAUCGAUCAUCUUCGGCAUCGUCAGCGCUUCGUUUGUUUCUCGAGUUAUUUUGGUCUUUUUAAUCAUACAAAGAGAAUAGUUGAAGAUGUAAAGAUAUAUAUACAGUAUAAAUAUAUAUAUAUAAAUAAAUAAAAUAUAUAAGAACUGUAUUAAAUUGCAGAAGCAGUGCACUGGAUUCUAAGCCAUUUACAGGAGAGUUAAAGCGAGCGUCGGGGAUAAAGUUCAGUGUUCGUACAGAUCCGGGGUUCCUGCAGAAACUAGAGUUUGACCUGAAUCUGAAUGUAUUUCAUCUCACAUCUCCUGCAACGUGUCGUCCUUCCACAGCCCUGAAAUCACAAACAUCAUGCUCCAGAGGAACCCUGUCGAUCGUCUUCAAAAGGCCUCAACCGUCUUCGUGUUUAAUCUGUAAACAGAUAGCUGCAGCCUCUCUCUCUCUGCUCUUUGCUCUGGACUGUGCUCUCCUUCAGCAACAUGGACCUGGAAAAUAAUCUAAGAAUGUAUCCCUCCUGUUUCUGUUCAGAUCUGCAAAGUGUGUUUUUUAUUUUAUUUUGGUUCUUUUUGUUUUCCCGGCUAGACGAAAUCACCAAAAACCCACCGUGUCCUGUCGAAAUGCUCUGUACAGUAAUCACUCUGCAUUAUGGCAUUAGAUAUUUCUCCAUCUUUAAUCAUGCUAAUAUAAAACCAGAAGGGGCUAACACUUUAAAAAGUACUGCUCAGUGCAGUACAAGAGUUUUUGUUCUUUGUUUUUUUUUAUUGGAGAAAAAACAAUCUCGUGACCACAAAGUGAGAAUCAGACAAUCACGUGAAGAAUCUGCAGAAGAGCCGACGCUUCGUUGAGUUUAAAUUAGACCCGUAGCAAUUCUGUAUUUGUUUAUUACUCGAUUUGAAGUAUUUUAGGAGCUACUGUAGCAAAGUAAUGUUAGCGAAGCUGAUAUAUAUAUUUAAAAAACAAAAAAAGUUCAGUAAAGACUGAAUGAGAGGUCAAAAGGUCACCAUGCUCUGAGUUUGUUACUGUGAUCAGAGCCGGUGUAUCUCAAUCACUGUGUCUUCACUGUGUGACGUUCAUCAGCCGCCGUCGGCAGUUCUGUUUUUAUAAAUUAGCAUAAUGAAGAGGAGACAUGAGGAUUUAUUUUUCUGACUUCCUGUUUUUCUGUUACGUUUUUAUUUUUUGGCAUUAUCUGACCUGACGUGUGCAAUAUGUCCUAAAUCCAAAAAAGAAAACAAAAAGAAGUAGUAAGAGGUGCAAUUUGUUUGACUGAAAAAGUAGCAUUUUUUUGUAUUCAGUUGUAAGAUGUUACUAUCCAAACUAUAACACUGCAUGCAAAACCGAAAAACAAGCUUGAAAAACGGUGACGAGAGUGAAUCAACUUUGCAUUUUAACAGUUAUAUCUUCGAGUUUGUGGAUGAAACUUUAAAAAAAAAAACUUGUUCAGUUCUGUCAUUGACUUGGUUUUUUUUCAGUCAAAAAUGUUUGAAAAGCCAAAAACCCUGUACAUCCUUUUUGUUUUCUUUACACUACAAAUGUCAAGAAAAGUGGUCUUUAUCAAAAAAACAAACAAACUGUAGUAUAUGUAAAAUAAAAACUUCUAGAAAAUUGAAACGAGUGCUUCAUCGGUCCUCCGUCAGAAAACACACACACAAAAUAAAACUUUUUAUUUUUAUUGGUAUAUUAUUUUUAAGCAGGUUAGGCAAAUUCAGUCCACAAUUUAAAAACAAAAUAUAGCCUCGAUUAUUUCUUUAACAUUUAAAUAUAAACAUCGUGACAUCAUUCAUCUUUGUAAACACAGAGGUGAUCAAAAUGUUUAACAGAAUGAAUCGAUGAGUAACGGUGCGUGGUUUUAAUGAUUGUUAGGACAAAGUUUAGCGUAAACUUUGCAUCAGUGACGUUGAUUCAUGGUGUGAAUGGGG